CGUUCUUUCUACCAUUGAGCACCUGCGUGGUUCAAAAUGUCAACCUCCUUGCCUGGAAACCGGGACCCCCCAUCAUCCCAGUAUGACCUUUCAACGUACUGGGGUCGUGUGCGCCAUGCGGCUGACCUUUCCGACCCACGGAUGAUGUUUGUCUCCUCUGCUGGACUAGAGAAGGCCAAGCAGCUGGUUUCCGCCUACAAGCAGAAUCAUCUCCCUUCCAUGACGUCGGAACUGUGGCACGCUAAGAAGGUUGUCGAUUCGACGUUGCACCCUGACACCGGCGAGCCUGUCUUCCUUCCCUUUCGCAUGUCCAGCUAUGUCUUGUCCAACUUGGUUGUCACGGCUGGUAUGCUUACGCCUGGCCUUCAGACUACCGGAACCCUCCUCUGGCAGAUCGCCAACCAGUCCCUUAACGUCGCCAUAAACAACGCCAAUGCCAACAAAUCGACCCCGCUCUCUUACUCUCAGAUGGCCAAGUCAUACCUCAUGGCCGUCUCCGCCUCCUGCUCCGUCGCUCUCGGUCUGAACGCCCUCGUCCCUCGUCUUAAGGGCAUUUCUCCCAACACCAAGCUCCUGCUCGGCCGUCUGGUCCCAUUUGCCGCUGUCUCCAGUGCCAGCGCCCUGAAUGUCUUCCUCAUGCGAGGUGAGGAAAUUCGCCAGGGCAUCGACGUGUACCCUGUCUUGUCUGAGGCCGAGAAGAAAAAGCGGGAAGAAACCGGCGAACCGGUUCAGAGCUUGGGUAAGAGUAAGAAGGCGGCUACAAUUGCUGUAGGGGAAACGGCGGUCAGUCGGGUGUUGAACGCCACGCCGAUCAUGGUGGUGCCGCCAUUGGUGCUGGUUAGAUUGGAGAAGACCGCGUGGCUGCAGGCGCGGCCCAAGAUGGUUCUGCCCAUCAAUCUGGCAUUGAUCCUGGGAACCUCCUUGUUCGCAUUGCCACUGGCUCUGGGGGCCUUCCCUCAGAGACAGGCGAUCUGUGCGAAGAACCUGGAAGAGGAAUUUUGGAACCAAGGAGGGAAGGAUGGGAUGGUGGAGUUCAACCGCGGAAUGUAAAUAUGAUUGGUGGCGGCGAAGAUUGCAUAUAGACUAGAAUUAGAGCUAUACAUAGGAUUUCGAGC